AGCGUUACUUGGGCCACGGCCGAGCAGCCAGCAAGAAAUGUGCAUCAUGUCCGCAGCAGCCGAGUCGGUGCAGCAGGCCACCAGCAUAUUCAGGCCCUGGGACGAGAGGGGCCCCGACAGAGUUCACGGGGCCACCAGUUCUCAAGCGGAGACAGUACAGCCUCCCAAAACUGAAAACUCCAGUCAAAGUCCUGUACCGACACCUUCGCCUGUGUCGCUUCCAUCCACGGCCGAUUUGUACGCUGAGCUGAGCCGCGCCGACCUCGCCCGCUUGGGCCUUGUCUGCCCUGCCGACCUGGCCAGGCUUAGGGCCCGAAAGCAGAGGCCCAAAAAAUAUCGCUGUCCACACUGCAACGUUGCCUUCAGCAAUAAUGGACAACUCAGAGGACACAUUAGAAUUCACACAGGAGAACGACCGUUCCAAUGUCCACACGAGGGCUGCGGCAAAGCGUUUACACGAAACGAAGAGCUGACUCGCCACCGUCGGAUCCACUCGGGCGUGCGACCCUUCCCCUGCGCCACCUGUGGAAAACGCUUCGGCCGCAAAGACCACCUGAAGAAGCACGCGCGCACCCACCAGAAGGCUCUGCAGCAGGCGGCCGCCCACCACUCACUGGCCGCCGCCGCGGCCGCUUUUUUUCCGCCAGCCCUGCUGCUUCCGUCGGCCGCCUUUUUCGCCCCCCAGCCGCCUUUCCCCUUCUGCUGACCAGAAGCCUGAAGACUGCUUUUGCACUCUAUC